CAGCGUUUAUACAGCAAAAAUUUAUGGUUUCCCCUACCAACGCCCAGAUGCUUCGUAAAGCAAUUUCUAACACGGCCUUUUCAUCCUACUAAUUCUUAUAAUAAUAACUUCAAGCACCAAGAAAAGCCGUAAUUGUACGACCGCUGCUUUCAAAAACCACAAAAUGCCGCUGCAGUUGACAUCGGAGUUUCUGAAGAGCUUACAUUUGGACCGCGGUGAACUGUGGCUGAAUGCACGGCAGACACAUAUCCUGCACGCGCUGUAUGAUUUUCUAGAUGUGCAUCGCGAUGGCAAAUGGAACGACGUCAUCUUCUACGAGUUCAUGACGCAUGCGACGAACCUGAGCGAUCGGCGCAUCCAACGCGUCUUCGAUAUGCUGGAUAAAGGUUGUCGUGGGUUUAUUGUCUUUGAGGAGUUUUAUGUGCUUAUCUGCCUAAUGGUGGCCGCGUACAACAAAUUGGAGAAGAAAUUCAUCCUGCGCCACGCCAAAAUGUGCUUUACACUGAUGGAUGAGGAUUUCUCCGGGUCCAUUUCCGCCAAGGAAUUUACGGACGUUGGCUUUUUGUGGAAUUUGGAAGAACAGCAGAUAUUGAAGAUUUUCAAAGAGUACGAUGUGAACGGUGACGCGGAAAUUGACUGGGAGGAAUUCCGCUUUUUCGCCAUGGCGGCGUUGUCGGACUAGUUUGAUAGGGACAGCACUGAUUUAAAUUUUUUGGGGCGUCUUUUUCUAUGUUAAUAAUUACCCCAGUUAUGUUUCGUUCGGUCGGUUAGGUAGAAACCGCGCUUGUUAUCAUCGCCUUUAACAGUUUAACGUAUAAAGCAGUUUAUAUAGUAUCCUAAAUUAAAAAGCCAA